AUGAAAGUCAAAUUUAUUCCACUCUCAUUUAAGAGCGUGAAUACAAGGAGGUAUUUUGUGUCUGGGAAUGUCCAAAGAAAAAAUAUUUUGAAUCUUCUUUUCCUUCUUUCCCUUAAAAAACGACUCAAUAAAAAUCCAAUUAUUGACUCUACAAGAAAGAAUGAAAUGCUUGUUAUGCCUAAUAUACUUAGUUUAACAUGUAUAUGCUAUUUUCAAUCGUGUCAUGGAUAUUAUAUGUCUGUUAUACCUCUAUUCUUUUUUCUAUUAGCCAUUGUUUGGCAAGCUGUUGUAAGUUUUUGA